AAAAAAAGAAGAAAUGCUCGAUAAAUUCAAUAAUCUGGACGAAGUCUACAGGAGGUUAUCAUUCAUUCAUAGGGAGAAAAGAUGUAAAGGAAGGAUUAAUAAUUUAGGGAAGUAACUCCAAUAAUUCGCUAAGUAAAGUGAAUGUAGUCGCCAGCGGGUAUUGUUAGUUUGACAGCAGUGUUAAUUUUGUGACAUAUUUACCUUUUAAGAUGUGUAUUUUGACAAACAUGUACGUUAAUUAAAUACAUGUAAAUGCAAACAAAAACGAGAAACUUUUUUUCGUUUUUCUUUUUUUUUUUGUAAAGUUUACUGGAUAAUAAAAGGUAAAAAAUGAAUGAAAUGGAAAUAAUUAAUGAAAAAGUAAAUAGAGCCUGACAAGGCAUUUAAAAGAAACAUAAAAAUGGAUGCACUUAAAUCUUACUUUACUAAAAUGAAAAUUCUGCCAGGACAAGGGCAGAAAUCCUGGCGUUUUAAUCGAAAAGGAGGUUGUGGUAAAAAUGGGAAAGGAAAAUACAGCCGUAGUAAAUCACAGAAUGAUGCUGGUUACGAAUCGCCAAGUGGUGUGGAUAUGUUUGAAGGUAAAGAAAAUUUAGCUGCAGUGUCAAAAACUGGGACCCUCCUUGCACGAGAUCCUAUGAGGGAGUCAGCAAAAUCCCCACCUGCCAAACCUCCUCGUAAAGAUAUUUUUACACUGGAUUUUUUAAUUGUGGAUGGUGACAAUUUUGGUCUAGAACUAGGCAAUACAGCAAGAAACAUCUGUCCGACAGAUAGUGCAAUAGAUCGACUUAAAACAGAUAACAAUUUACAUGACCCUGUAGAUGAAAUGGCCUAUAAUACAAUAUCACCAAUUAAGGUAGUUAACAUCGCUGAAGGCAGCAUUGUACAAGCAGAUGGUGGCAUUCAACUUUAUGAUGAAAUUAUUGACAUCAAUGGCCAAGCUGUCCAAGGGGAAUCUAUAACGAGUGCAAGACAUCUGCUAGAGGAGGCUGUAAGGUCUGGUCAUGUUUCCAUCAAAGUUCGUAGAAAAAGAAAACGUCAUGCGCCAACCCCUCCUGCUUCAAACAAUUUACAUACGCAGUAUUCAUCCACCUCUAGCUCAAACUUAGUAGAAAAAGACAUUUUAUCAAAUGGCCAAGUUUUAUCAAGACAGACUCCAUUUACAAAAUCAGCAUCUUGUUUAGAAUCGGAUUAUUGCAAUAGUUAUGGUAAUUCAUUGACGUUGAAUUCUUUAAAUAAUUCCGAAAAUAGUUUAACAGUUUCUAAUGACGAUGUGUUCACAGAUUCCACCUCUGAGUGUUCAAAUUAUUAUCCAAAAUAUGGCAGCCAUUUAAAUGGACAUCAUAAACGUGAACAGUCGCCUUAUGGUAGGAAAAGAGUAUUACAAGACCAGAAUGCAUUAGGAGUAUAUGUGGCGGAAAAACAUCGAACUAAAAGUGCAUCAGCAGUUGAGGAUUUCAGUCGGCAACAGCCGAAUAAAUCUGGAUUAGAUUAUGUAAAUACAGUAGAAUUAGCGAAACAGUGUAACUAUGGUGUACCCCCUUCAAGCGUAUACACAGAUAGUUCCGAGGCUGAACUAAGUCAGUAUCAGUCUGAUACAGAGGUGCAGAUGUGUGAACGUAUUUAUCGUCAACGUAAGGCAUCAAAGAACUCUGAAUUGUUUCGGCAAGCUAACAAUGCGACACCAACAAGUUUGUGGAGUUGUGACGGGUCAGAAUUUGACUAUGGCUGUGAACCAUCUCCAGGCAUUGGCAAGAAACGAAUGAUUACAAAACUGCACUUGCUGAAGGAACACAACAGUCUUGGACUCCAUAUUGCUGGUGGGAAGGGCUCUAAGCGGGGAGAUAUCGGAAUUUUUGUGGCAGGAAUUUCAGAAAAUGGUCCAGCUUAUAGGGAUGGUAGAUUAAAGAGAGGGGAUGAGCUGUUGAUGAUCAAUGGCAGAAGUUUGAUAGGAUUAUCUCAUCAAGAAGCAGUGGACAUGCUGCGAAAUGCUCCAAAACUUGUACAACUAGUCAUAGCAGCAAAGGUUCGCAAGUCUUCAUCUCUGGCGUCAACAGCUUCCAACUUUUCUACAUCCAUGAUCUCCUCUUCCACACCAGAUACGCUUGGUACUCAGGCCAUACCAGAAGUUAUGGCUCAGACUCCACAGGGAACCGUCGUUAACUGGGAGGAGUUAUUUGAUAAGUUCAGUAGAACAGCAUCAGAAGACAAGCCUCCUAUUGCUCCUUCUCCAGGUAACAAGUACAGAAAGAGGACCAACCGCAGCCCCUCACCCUCACAGACACUUCCUGUAACCAUCACAGUACACAAGGGGCUGCACGGUAAAGGCCUCGGUUUUACCAUAGUUGGUGGCUGUGACACCGCUAUUGGGCAUCUUGGUAUCAUUGUAAGACGAAUAUUUCCAUCUGGACUUAUAGCAGAGGAUGGCAGAAUUAAAGAAGGAGAUGAAAUUGUUGAAUUAAACAAUGAAGUUCUUGCAAACCUAACACAUAAAGAAGUGAUUUGUAAGUUCCGUCAGCUGAAGAAGGGACCAGUGAAAAUCACAUUCCGUAAAAGGCUGAGAUCACCUCACUGCAGCCCAGGCAGAGCAUCCUACCUCACGACAUCUACGUCAUGUGACGGGAGCCCGGUGUCCACUCCUGGCCACUCACCACACAAUAGUAUGUCUGAUCUCCAUGAACUCGAAGCUAUCUCCAUGGCAACAGAACACCAGCAAGAUCUUCACAAUGGAGAACACAGACCAACAUUCUCUGUGCCAGUUAACAUACCACGGAACAAAGUGUCAUCUGCUGGAAAUACAUCGCUUGUGGAGCGACUCAGUCCAGACAGUAAACCUACCGUUCAACAUGAGAUUCAACUACUUAAGGAUUGUGGUGUUGGACUUGGGAUAUCGGUUAUCAGGAAAACUUACAAUGGUGACAGUGAAAUUCUUGUUCAAGAUGUAGCUCAUGGUUCACCAGCUCACAGAGAUGGCAGAUUGAGGAAAGGGGAUUUGAUCAUGGAGGUAAAUGGACGUGCUAUGACCAACAUGACGUUGUUAGAUGCCUAUCAGUUAUUCAGGAACCUCCAGCCUGGUACAGUGGAUAUUGUCAUCAAGCGGAGAGAUUCAGUCCAGGAGGUGGAUUCUUCAUUAUUGGGUUCAGGUGUUGAUGUUGUAGUGCUGCAUAUGAUACAGUUUGAUUGGGCAGAAGAUAAGCAGAGUAGUUCCUCUUUGUCUGAUGAAAGUGAUGAGAGUGAUGUCCCUUGUUCACCUGGAGGCACAUGGGAAGGGAGAGAUCAUGUGACCAGUCUGCAAGCAGACGACAAGGAUUUUACAUUGAAGGAGCCAUUGAGAAAAAGACUGUCAACUGUUUCUGAAGAAACUUCCUCAGAAAAGUCUUUGUCCCCAAGAGGAAGAACUGGUUUCCUCGGGUUAGAUUUUGGAAAAUACCUAAUCAGCAGUGACCGACGCCGGGCCACAAUGGAAAGCGAUAACACUACUGGUACAGAAUCAGAUACGUCGGAGUGGGAUCUUGCUAAUGCUGCUUUAACUUCCGAAUACAGCGAGGACUCGGACGAUUAUGGCAUUUAUUACGGUGAUGAACAUAUGUAUGAUACAUCAAUUGGUGGGAACCAGGAAUCAAGUCAGAGGUUUACUGGGAACCAGAUGUCAGACAGACAAACGAAUCUUCAGAUGCGUAAAAUUCUGAACCAGAUGAAUAUGUCUGCUGCGGACAGUGGUUACAGUGGAUCGUCGACGCUUUAUCCUAUACAUGAAACUGGUUUAACAACAACUGAUAGCUCUGGAAAUGAUGAAAAUUCUGAUGGAACAAUUUCGGAUUCUGGUUCCCCAGUUCAUACUGGUUACCCUGUGUAUGGGAGGUACCAGAAAUUACCCAGUCAAGGUGAUGCAAAAGAUGAAAAUGUUAUGGAAACAGAAGAUGGGGUUGAUAAUUUAAUGCUACACAGACUUCCUGGUGAAAAUCUCGGUAUGAUUCUAGGUAUUGAAGGUGGGAAGGAUGGUGUUGGAACAGUUACGUCUGUUGCUGUUAAAAGUGUCACACUAGGUGGCGCUGCGUACAGAGCAACAGGAAGUAGUAAGGGGAUUUGUGUUGGAGACGACAUUGUGAUGGUAAAUGGAUUAGAUUUGCAGACCCUUUCUCAUGAUGAAUGUAUUCAAGUGUUCAAAGAUAUGCCACUUCGUGUUUCACUGGGUAUCAAACGUGGACAAAAAGAUCUACCUCCUUUUUCAGUCUCGCCACUUCCUAUUCAGAACAAAAAUGAGAAAAGUCAGAAAUUGGGAAAAAGUUCAAACUCAAAGUCUGAAGUUCCUGUUCAAGUUACACGCAGACGCGAUGGAUCAGACAGUGAAGAUGAUGGUUUUGGCGGCUUUGCAAUGUAUAAUGUGAUGAUUGAUAAAGAUCCAGAUGAAAACCUGGGCAUUAGUAUUGUACCAAGCUAUGGCUCAACAAGGGAAUACUAUCAGAUUAAAAGAAUACUUCCUAGUGGCGCUGCAGCUCGUUCAGGGAAUCUACAAGUUGGUGACAGACUUAUUACCUGCAACGGAACCAGUCUACGAGCACUGAAACAGAACCAUUGUCUUAAUAUCAUAAAGUCAGCGAGCAGCUGUGGAAAUCUUAACUUUGAAGUGAUCCGUCCAGUUUAUACUGGAUCGUCUAUGGAAAUAUCUGUUACACUGAAUAACAGUUCAAAAUUACCUUCAUUCGAUGCAUCGCAAUAUAGUUUAAAGUCACAAAGUUACGAUCGUAACGUAGACAUUGUUGUUACAAGUGAAAGUGAAGAUUAUUUAACUGUAAGUGAAGACGAAUAUUCAAGAAGUGGUAGGUUAGCAGAUAUUCCUGAGCUUGAAGCAAAUGAAGUGUUUGCCAGCAAUAGUGUCAGACUUGCAUAUCAAGCUCCAUUGAACACUUUAGAGGAAGAAUCAACAGAAACUGAAACCGAAAUUUCAAAAGGAAAUCAGGAGAUAGUUGAGACGGAAAAUGUUGAAAUAGUUGAUCUUAAUAAGUCUGAUACCUCGCCAUAUCAUAUUGCAAAGAAGCAAGAAACAAAGAAAACAAUAGAUUUAACACAUUACAAAAUUGUGCCAAAGUUUGAUAAAGAUCAUAAAAUUUCUAUUGAUUCAGGUGUUAGUUCAGAAGCACAAGUUAGUGAAGUCAACAGACUUAGUCCGAGGUCACCAGUUCAAAGGUCUGACCUUGAUCAAAUUAGUCCAAGGUCACCUAUUCCAAAUACUGAUAUUGACAAUGUUAGUUUAACAUCAUCCUCAUAUACCAAAAGUCAGCACAGUCUUAGAUCUGACCUUGAUCAAAUUAGUCCAAGGUCAUCAAUCCCAAGUACUGAAAUAGACAAUAUAACUGUAUCAUCAUCAUCAUAUACAAAAAGACAGCAAAUCCCUAGUGACAGUGAAAUUUCGCAUUUAAAUUUGCCAUAUACUUAUCCAUCAGACAGUGUUCGGCAAAACAUUCCAGUCAGUGACACAGAAGAGACUAGAUACAACCCACUUUACGAAGAUAGCAAUUUGAGCGAAUUCACCGAUUCAGAAUCCCAGGAUGUGUACAUAAACUCACCCAGAUUAGGAUCAAAUGAUGUUAUUCCUUCAUCAAAUUUAGACGAAAUUAGUGAUAAUUCAAACAGAACUCUUGAACAAACUGAAGUAGAUGUAGUUAGUGAAUAUUCAGAUACUGAAGGUAUAGCUGUUCCUCCUCCGGCUGAGUUCUCUGAUAGUCAUAACAACUUAGAGGAAACUCCUGUCACAUACAUUGAUGAUAUCCUUGGAGAAAAUAGCGAAUCAUUAGAAACUUCCCCUGUUCACGCAAGUAGUACAUUUGCACAAAGAACAAAAUCAACAUUGAACAGUUUCGAAAAACUUUUGCCUGGUGUCAAUGUUGAUGAUUUUGAAAGUGAGCAUGAUGCACAUUUAGCUUUUAAUUCUGAAUUGACAGCACCAUUUGAUAUUGUUCUGCAAGAACAAGGAAUUUGUGUUCAAUCAGGUGAUGAUAAUAUUGAGGAUUUUGAAGAUACUCAAGAUAAUGAGAUUUUACAAGUAGUGACUAGCUAUGACAACGGCACUGUAUUGAUAUCACAAUUCGAGCCAGAUCAUUUAAGAGAAAGUACUGAUUUUCCAGUUCAUUGUGUGACUAGUUUCGAACAUUCAGAUAACACAAUGGAUCAGAAUAGUGAAGCUAUGCUUAAAGAUGCUCUUGAUAUGGAGUAUGAAAAUCUACCUGAUUCUGCUAAAUUUGAAGCAAGGUUAAAAUUAGGGGAAAAUAUUGAAAAUGGAAAUGCUGAAUUGGACAACCCUAAUAGUAUGACUGAAAAUCCUGUAGCUGAAAAUAUUGCUAAGGAAAUAGUAAAGAAUGAGCAAGGAAAUUAUGGAUAUCGUCUUGAAUCAGACGAUGAACCAGAUGAAUUCCCAGAUCAAGAUGUGCCAGAAGAUGCACCUGAUCUACCAGAUAUGCCUCCACCCAUGUUAAAUAACCCUGGUAAACAGAUGGAAAAUGAUGUAACUGUCAGUGUUAUAGCCAAUGGAAAUGAAAUUUGUAUAGAUGAAAAGCCACUUAUUUCAGACAGUAAUUGGACCUUUAAAACAAAACCUUUGGAAAAUGAUACUGAAGAAUCAAACAAUAUUGUCAAUGGAGUUGAGAUGGAAACUGAACUGAUUAAGCCGGUCAAUUUUCAGAGAAAAGUGGAAAUUCCAAUUUCAUAUGAACACAAAGAAAGCAUAAAUCAAAGACAUGAUGUUGAAGAAAGUGAGCCCGAUAUAAUUGUGCCAGUAAAAGUUGAAAGAAAGGUAGAGAUACAGAUUUCUAGGAAAGUUGAUGAAAAGGAGGAAGAUGACAUAAUUGUACCAGUGAGUGCAAAACGAGAUUUUAAUCUACCAUCAACAUUCAAAGACAGAAUUCCGUCACCGAGACAUGAUGAUGAAAAUAUAAAACAUUUACAAACGGUAGUCAAUAAGAAGAUACCUCCACCUGUAUCUCCAAAACCAAAGAAAACUGUCAUUCAUGUUAAUGUAGGUGGAGGUGAUGAGUACGAAAAGAAAGAAGAAGUUAAGGAAGAACUUAUAACUCCAAAAGAGGUAAAAACGGAUAAAACAAAACAGUUGGUAAAUGUGAUUAGUGUAGUCAAUGCAUUGAAAGCAAGUGCUAAGGACAAAGACCCUGAUGUUGUGGAUAGAAUAGAAAAGACAGAUGCUAAAGACAGAGUGAAAUCGAUGUUCAGUUCCGUGAUAAAGGUUGAUGUAAAGGAUAAUAAUGUAUUAGAAAUGUCUCCUCCAAAGCAGGAGCAAAUAUCUACAUCCAGAGAAGAAAUUUCAUUUUCCAGGAAGCCACAUGUGGAGGCAUCACCUCCAAAACAAGAUGUUAUUGAAAUUACAAAAGAGGUGAUCACAAAGCCAAUCAUAACAAAACAAAGGCCACCUGAAGUGCCCGAAAAAACAUAUGAUAAACCAUCUGUGAAAUCAGACACUGAUGUGCCGGUAAUGAAAACUAGUAUAACAGUUGAAAAGCAAAAAGAUAAAGAAACUUAUGCUGUUGAAAAUAUAAAUGAUGCUGCAGAAAAAUCACCAAAAGUGGUCCCUUCAUUAAAUUUGGAUUUUACUGCUGAUGCAAAUGCAGAUUCACUUUCACCAAAAAGUGACAAGUCUGGUGGAACUUCUCCAACAUCUACCUACAAAACAACCAUUGGAGUACCUAAACAACAACCAGCUGUUACCAAGGGAACAGAGGAACCUGUUAGUCAGACUUCUGUUGCUAAAAACUCUGAUACCAUUGAAAUCAAAAGUAUUUCCAAACCAAAAGAGCAAGAAAAACCAAGUCUUGCACCUACACCACAAAUCAAACCAUUGUCUCAAAUUAAACCAUUAAGCUUCAAUCCGAAAUCAUUGUCUCAAACAAGUUCUAGACCUGUGCAAUAUAAAACUACUAUUGGAGUAAAAGGUGGACUUUCCUCUCUAGCCAAACCGUCAGCAAGUUCCCAGAAAGCUGAUCACCCGAUUAAACGAAUGGAAUCUUUGCCAUUUGAAGUUUCGAUCUUAAAAGGAAUACUUGGCAUUGGAAUUAAGACUGUGAUGACACCUGAAGGCUUUGUAAAGGUCACAGAAAUUCUUCCCAAUGGACCAGUUGGACGGGAAGGAAAUAUUAAGGUUGGAGAUUAUAUACUGUCUAUCAACAGUACUCAGCUUACUGGGCUAACAGAUGGCAAGGUGCAGCAGAUACUGAGGCUGUUGCCAAGGGGACUGUCCAAGAUUGUUGCGUCUGCUGUCAUUCCUGACAAAAACUCUGAACAGUCAGGUCCACAAGUUGAGAAACCUGUACUUGCAACACGUCAGUCACUUCCACCUUCAGCAUCAGAAAAAUCCAAAUUAUCGCCACGCCAGUCCUCUCCCCUGUCAUCACCUAGGCAACCAACUAUUACAACAAAUCCAAAUGCUGGAGUUCUGUUGACAACUCUGAAGCCAACUGAGAAGUCCGCACCACCUGUUGCUCCAAAACCUUCAAGUCGGCCUUCAUCUUCCCCUGUUGUUUCUCCAAGGUCACCAGUUGUAGCUUCAAGGUCACCUGGUCCCUCACCAAGACAAGACAGAGGUCAGGCUACUAGUUACCAGCAGCAGAAGUCAUCUCCAGUAUCAUCAUCAUCAGCUUCGCCUGUUAUGUCACCAAGGCAACAAGAAGGUCUGCCACAGUCUCCAAGAGCACCUCCACCUGUAGCUCCAAAACCAAAGAAAGUUACAAGCAAAACAGCAGAUCCACCCAUCAAUGAUCCCACAAAACCAAUAGAAGCUGAAUUGUUUGUCUCUAUUAAUGCCACAAACAAGAAUUCACCCAGCAUGGGAAGUAGCAAUAUUUUACCAGGCUCUGUGAAUUAUGAUGUUGUUGAAGGUGAUAAUAAAACUGAAUGGACUGCUGGGGUGGUUUCGUCCUCAGAUUUAAAGAAUCCAGAAAGACAGAGUGAAAAUAAAGGUAAUUUAGAUAUUGUAGAUGGCACUAAAACACAAGAAACUGAUGUUGUAAAUGACACAGUUGCACCAAAAAGUGAUGACGUAAGUGACAUUAGCUCACCAAAUAUUGCCGCUGAAUGCAUGAAUGAAAAUGAUUUAGAAAUGAAGAAAGCAAAUGUUGUUUCUGAAGCAGUUGAAAAGUUGAAUGACAUUGAAAAAGAUUUAGACAGUUCACAAGUAGAUGUUUCACUUCUUAGUAAUCGAUCACGCACCUUUAGUUCCAGUAGUAAUGCAUCAUCAUACACAGAUUUCAAUGAAUGUGAUGUCGACAGUGAAAACAUCCCAGAACAAAUUGUUGAAGAAGAAGAAACUGAUCUCCAUAUAAAGUUAGAGUCAAACAAAGAUGCUAAAGAUGAAGAAUAUGAAUCAGACUUUGAGGAAGGAGAAAAUGAAGACAAUUCCAAGUUGAAGAUAGGAGAUAAAAUUGAAGAUUCUGACAACCGUGUCCAGUCUCCAGAUAGUGGACUAGAUAUGGAUCAGUUGAAAACUUUAGCUGAAAACAUUGUUACAGAUGUCAUUUCAUCAAUAAAAUGUUCAGAUUUUGAUAUUACACCCACCGAAGAUGAACAAUCUGAGGAACAUAUAGAUGCGGUUUCCCAACUCCCAAGUGAAGCACCUCCUAUACCAACAUCACCCCCACCUACAAUUGGUGAUAUUCCAGCAUCUGAGUCACAAGCCCCACCUUUGCCAGAUGGUCCACCCCCUCUACCAGACACAGAAGCUCCUUCAGCAAGUACAACAGAAGCUACUGUGGUGGAUCUAGCACUGUAUCCAGAUUCAGAUCAGAGUAGUGAAGGAACAACAGAUAAUAAAACAGAACAAGGAGAUAAAGAAGUCACUGAAGUAAUAGAUGUUGUAGGUAUAUCAGUAGGCAGUACACUGCAUGCAGCUUCACCAUAUGUCUCAGAACCAGUAAAGAAUGACAAUAUUGAUAAUGAUUUUGAAUGUGAUAAAACUGUAAAUGAUAAUAUUAGAGACGCCAUACAAAAUGAUAUUCAAAAUGAUACUUCUUUGUCACAGGUUAUAGACGAUUCAAGAGAUCAGGAAGGUGAUCAGACAGAAGUUCUUGUUGAUGAUAUUAAUGUAAAUGUGGAGGAUAAUGAUGAACUUAGUGUAAGCAAUGUGAUUUCCAUGUAUUCAAACCUUGAAAAAUCUGUGGAUGAACAAAACUCUGUAGAUGUUGAGAACAAAAGUGAAACAAAUAAUAAUAUUAUAAAUAAAGCAGAUGAUAAAGUUAAUAUAGUGGAUGAAGAGCAAGAAAAGUGUGAUGCAACAUCAUCAACUAGUACAGAUAAUUUUAAACCAGAAAUUGACUCUGUAACUAUAAGCAAAGUAGAUAAGGUGGAAAGUGUUCAGUGUGAAGAAGAACCACUGAUGACAGUUACUCAGAAAGUAAAUGGUCAUGCUGAUCAGGUCUUUGAAGAAACAACAAAACCUACAGAUUCUGAUAGAGGAGAACCUGCUAGCCCAGUGUUUGAGUCACUGAGCCCGAGGUCAGAUGUGGAGAGUCCCAAGUCCGAGAGCAAGUUCGCUUCCAGAGUUGAUAGAAUACUGAGUGAGACAGAAGACAUAGGAAGGGGAAAAUGUAGUCCAGAGAUUGACAGAAUGAUUAGAAUGUUCUCUACAAGUGACGAACCUAUACCUGAAGGUGAAGGGGAGAUAAUAGAGUUAACAGUCAGCAAAGGAGUUACAGGCCUUGGUUUCAUUAUACAAGGGGGCAAAGGAACACCCAAAGGAGAUAUGCCAAUCACUGUGAAAAGAGUCUUCAAAGGUGGACCAGCUGAUGGAGUCUUACAAGUUCGGGACGAGAUUUGGUCAGUAAAUGGAGAGGAUUUGUCCAGCAUGAGGCACAGUGAGGCCUGGAGUCAUCUGAAGUUUUUACCUGGUGGAGAUCUUGUUAUGAAAAUUAGACGUCAUAAUAAUGAAUAGUUUCUAACAUACAUGAAUUUUUGGUGUAAUUAUUGAGAUUUAGUAGAUAACUUUAUGUAUAUGGAAAUAAUUCUGUUGACGAAUUUAAUUUUAAACUUAACAUAUUGUUUAAGGUAGUAAGAGUACUUUCCCUUGAAUAAUGAAACAUUGGUGUUGAACAUGGACUAAUAUAGAUAGAUAUAUCUAACUUACUAAAAUGUUUGUGUAUUAGUUCUUGUCAAAUAAUCUUUAACUAGAAUAAAUGUAUCAUGGAAUCGUUUUUAGAAAGAUUUCAAAGUUCAUUUUUGCUUUACUCCAGAUUAUUUUGGAAAUUGUGUGCUUUUGAAACUCAACUGAGAUAUACGUCUUCAAAUUAAUAUAUAUAGAAAAAGAUGCAUUCUUGUUAAUCCUAAAGACAGCUAUUUUUUAGUCAAAUUAAACAUUUUAGCACUGAUAUUCAUCAUUUUUUGUCAUUCAGUUAAGUAUUCUAAUAUAAACUUAUUUUGAUUACAGAAUACAUUGUUUAUCCUUGAAAUUCAUAGAUGUAUUAGUUAUCACUUGUCUGAACACAUGGCAUAUUCCAGUGAAAUUACCAGUAAUACUAAAAGACAUUCAAGAUUUGACCUUGUUUUGUUUAAAUGCUGAAGUUCAUAACUAAUUAAUCUUAAAGUAAUUUUAACUUAUUCCGAGAUGAAUAGAAUAUUUUCAAAACCCACAAUUUGACUAGGUUUACCAUGAAAUCAAUCAAAUAUUUCAUGUUUAUAAGGGAUUUCAUAGCUGCAUCAGUCCACAAAAUUAAAUUCCAGUGAACGAAAUAGAAUUCACAUUCAUUUUAUCCUUAAGUUAAAAUGUACAAAUUCGUAUCUCCAUUAACUAGCUUGUUUUGCUUAAACAACAAACUCCUGAUGUGGUGGUGGUUAGUUACAAUCCACAAGAGUGGAAUUCAAUUGCGAUAAAAAGGAAAAAACACUGGUUAGAAGUCUAGGAAGCAGGGGAGCAGUCAUUAGUGGAGUUUAUACAGGCUUUGAGAAUCUUGUCCACAAUCUGUUUAAAAUUAAUAGGUUUGAAUUGUGUACUUUAUUCAUAUGAUACCUUUGUUUGUCACAGAAUCAUAUUAUUUUUCUUGUGAAUAUUAUAAUUAGUGUAUGCUGUAAAUAAUUACAAAUGCAGAAUAUGUUAAAAGAUGUUCAGAAUUUUAAUUUUGUUCAGAAAUGUAAAUUUUGUUAAGAAUUUGAACUGUUAGCACAUUUUGUGUAAUAUAUACAAGAAAUUUGCUUGUUUACCUUGUUUUAUGUACAUGUAUUACAUAUUGUAGUUUUUUUGUGUUUUGUAAUUUAAUAUGUAAUUCAGAGUUAUUAUUGUUCAUGUUGAAAAUAUUAUAAUAAAGGAUGAAAAUACAUGCAUGAAGUUAAUAUCCAUUUUCCGUGUACCAAGAUGAUGUGAUAAUAAAGUCUGCCAGCUGUAUCAUGUUAA